AUGCAGCGUGACAGGAGCUUCUAUUUAACGGCCAUUCUUCUUAUUCUAUUUGCGUUAUCAACAUGGCUUGAUGUUAAUGGUGUAUGGGUUGAACUUCCAUUAAUUGUCAAUCAAGCACCUGAAGGUUGGGCACUACCAUCUUACUUAACACUUGCCAUUGCAUUUAGUAACAUUGGACCGUUGUUUAUCAUGUUAUUAAAAGUUUGCUUUAGAGAACGUCUCAAUGAACGAAUAUUUAUCUAUAUUGAAAUUUUUGUUGGUAUUAUAUCUUGUGCUUUAAUUGCUGAAUAUUGGAAAACUACACAUUUUUUCGCUGGUCGACAACGUUCAGUGAUAUUGUUAAUCUUAGUUUUUUUAUUGGGCACGUUGGAUACAACAUCAACAGUUACCUAUGCUGAUUAUAUGAAACGAUAUGAUUCGAAAUUACUCAAUGCACUUUAUCUUGGUGAAAGUCUUACCUCUUUACUUCCAUCAGUUUUAGCUACCGUACAAGGUGUAGGCGGCGAACCCAUCUGCCGUGAGAAUACUACAUACCCCGAAUAUUCUUCACCACGUUUUUCAGUUCAAGUUUAUUUUUGGAUAUUUGUUGGAAUUAUACUUCUUUCGUUUUUGGCUUUUCUGAUACUUGAAUUUUCGAAUGUUUCAAAACCUCAUCGAAUAGCCUUACUUCAUGAUACAACACAACUGCCAACUACAUAUGAACUUUCAAUCCAAUUAGAACCAAAAUCUGUUUCUGUCAUUGUAUCAUCUUCGAUGACAAAGAAGGGUUAUUACACUCUUCUGUUUAUUGGAUUUUCAUCAAGUAUUGUCCUAUUCGGUAUUCUGCCAUCCAUCGGUACAUAUGCCGUACUGCCUUAUUCACAACGUGCUUAUUAUAUUUCAAGUAUUAUUUUACCAAUAUCAAAUCCACUUUCUGUAUUAAUCGGUCUUUUCAUGCGAAGUAUAUUAAAAUUCACUUCAAUAUUUAUUCUAUUUGUAUUCGCCGUUCUGGCAUCGUUAUAUGUUAUUAUUGUGGCUUUUCUAAGUCCAUGUCCGCCAUUACAUGACACGACAGGUGGUGCAAUACUAGUUAUCGGUUGUUAUUUUCUAGCAUAUUUAAUUUUCUACUACGUAAGAUUAGUUAUUGGCAAUCGUAUUCGUCAAGAAUAUCAACGUAAUAGUGGAUUAUUUUGGCUUGGUGCAGCAAGUCAAAUGGGUAGUCUCGUAGGAGCGAUACCAAUGUAUAUACUUGUGAACAUAUCUAAUUUAUUCAAAAGUCGUUAUCCUUGUCAAAGUUAUUGCAUAAAUUAA